AUCCGCCGCCCGCGCACUUCUUCCUUCGGGCACACAGGACACCACCGUCGACGGAUUCAUCGCGACGAUGGGGCUCGACGUCAUGGAGAUCGGGAUGGGCGCCGAUUUGAGCCUGGAUCUGAGGCACUUCGCCUCCAAGGCCGUGAGGCAGAGCAAGGACGACACGCCGGCGCCGGACAUGGACGCAUGCAUCCGCCGCCUCGAGGAGGAGCGGGGUAAGAUCGAGAUGUUCAAGCGGGACCUCCCGCUCUGCGCGCGCCUCCUCGCCGACGUAAUUGAUGUCAUGAAGGAGGAGGCGGGGAAGAAGAAGACGACGACGAGGAGGAGGAGUGAUCGCAGGCUGGCGUCUGCGGCAGCUGAUGAUGAGGAGGAGGAGGCGGACGGCGCCACCGCGGACAAGAGCAAGUGGAUGAGCACGGCGCAGCUCUGGACGGGCGAUUCCGGGCGGGAGGACGCGGAAUCAGAGAAGCAAGACAAGGGGCGGUGCUCGCCGGAGGCCAGGUCCCGCGGCGCUCUCUUACCGUUCAAGGCUGAUGUGGGCUCUGGCGCGCCGGCGUUCGCGCCGCUCUUCUUGAGAACGGACGACAAGGCUGCGGCUGCGCGCGUCGGGGUGCCGGAUCUGUCGUCCUUGCUGUCGCCGCCGGCGACCAUGCCUCCUGCGGACGCCGGCGCCGAGGAGAGCCGUCGCCAGGUUGUGGGAUUUGCGCAAGCUGCGGCCAGGGCGGCUGCCAUGGCGCCGUCUGCCCCUGCGCUUGGGCUCCAGUCGCAGCAGCAGCAGCAGCAGCAGCAGCAGGCAAGGAAGGCUCGGCGUUGCUGGUCGACGGAGCUGCAUCGCAAGUUCGUCGCCGCCUUGGAUCAGCUCGGUGGCCCCCAAGUUGCCACGCCGAAGCAAAUCAGGGAGCUGAUGAAGGUGGAUGGGCUGACAAACGACGAAGUGAAAAGCCAUCUUCAGAAAUACCGGCUGCACAACCGCAGGGCGCCUGGAUCCGGCGUGGUGCGCCAGCCGAUCGUGCUCGUGGGAGGGCUGUGGAUUCCCCAGGAGCAAGGCAGCCCUCAGUCUGGAUCUCCCCACGGCCCCCUCCACCACCUGUCCACCUCGGUGGCCGCCGUCUCGUCCGCCGCCACCGCCAGCUGCGAGGAGGAAGACGGCCGGUCCGAGAGCUAUGGCUGGAAAUGAUGAAGAGGCUGCUGCUGCUGCUGCUGCGCCACCAAUGUGUGUUCACUGUUUAGAGAGGGGAGGGAGGUUUCUUGGCAUGGUGGGGAUCGCCAUGGGCCAUGGCGGAGGCCACCAGUUGCAGCUUCAGGAAUCGGGAGGGGAAUUGAGUGUAGUGUAGCUGUCUGUACACAUACAUACAUACAUACAGUGAGAUGGGAUGAGAUGAGAGCGGGCCUUGAGCGCUCGAGAUCAGAACUGAUGGUGCUUCGUCGUCGGGUUUGUACAUCCCAAAGAGAAAGAGAUACUAGCUACAGUUUUGCGGCUUGUUAA